GGAAAGCUUUGAUACAUUAGGGUGGAAAUUUCCGCUCGGUUAGCCUACAAAAUGGGGCACGGCCACGGCUUGCUUGUCUCUGGUAGCCUAAUGACGGCCAAGGUUCCGCUUUGUCUGACAAUAUUUCCGAGGGUCAUCCUUUCACCCGGUCCGAACACCGAAAUAUAUAGACUCGCGUUAACGUGUUGUGCCAAGAUCAAUACAGGCAGAACACGGAGAGUCCGGGGCGGCAGAGAAUUGUCCUCCCCCACGAAACCCCAUGGUACAGGGAAGCGGGGAUCGACCAUCAAAGGAUAUCGGACCGGUGAUCCGAACAACUCCGAACUGCACUGCAUCUUAUCACUGUAACCUUCAGCCUCCCUCCAGCUGCCUUCCUGACCCUACUGAUGCUCGGCAUGUGGCCGAGAGCAGAGGGCAGAAACAUUCGAAGCAGUACGAGCGCUUGCAGAGGCUUUUCACCUGACCCCUAAGUGUCUUGUGAUGGUAGUGUUAAGCGACAUGUGGGGUAUAUAAAGCCACCGCCUCCGCGAAAAAAAAGUGUCGCAGUGUCUUCCUCACUUCACCCACUUCUUCCACGUCUCACAUCAUGUCACAGGACCUCGAGAAGUCGGAGCUUGGUCAUAUCGAAGCGAGCACAUCCGAUAGCACCGACGACCCCAAGGGGUUCCACAAUACCCAAACUCCGGGAGACGCUGCCCAGGCUAUCCUUGCCGACGCCCAUGCUCCUGUCAUAGUCGCGUCGGAAGACAAUGCGCGCAUUCUGAGCAAGAUUGACUGGCAUCUGCUUCCUAUCAUGCUUGCAAUCUACUUUUUGCAACAGCUCGACAAGAGCACCUUGUCCUAUGCCUCGGUGUUCCAUUUGGUGCAAAAAACCCACCUGGUCGGGUAUCAGUUCAGUGCUCUUGGGAGUAUCCUGUAUGCCGCCCAAUUCGUCUGGCAACCUGUCUCCUCGUUUUUCCUCGUGCGCCUUCCGGUUGCCCAAUGGCUUGCUUUCAACGUGCUCUGCUGGGGUAUCGUCCUCUGUGGCAUGACGGCGGCCAAGGACUUCAAGGGCCUCAUUGUGACUCGGUUUUUCCUCGGCAUCUUUGAGGCUACCGUCGCACCGACAUUCGUGACCAUCACUGGCAUGUGGUGGCGUCGACGAGAGCAAACUCAGCGCACUUCGCUGUGGUACUCCAUGAACGGUGUCACGAACUUGCUGGGCUCUUUGUUGACCUACGGAUUGGGACAAAUCAAGAGCGAUAAAUUGGAGCCUUACCAGGUCAUUGCUUCGUCUAUUGCCACCGGAGGCUCCGCUCACUGUUCCCAGAUCAUCUUUCUGUUCGCGGGAUUGCUGACCGUGAUCUUCUCCCUCAUAAUCUUCACCUUUUUGCCCAACUCGCCGACGACCGCACGAUUCCUCACUCCUGAUGAGAAGCUCAUCGCCGUUGAGCGUCUGCGUGCCAACAAUACGGGAACUGAGACGAAGACGUGGAAAUGGGAGCAAGUCCACGAGUGCCUUCUCGAUCCCAAAACCUGGUUUUGGUUCCUGAUGCUCUUCACUAUUUGUGUUCCCAGCGGUGGAAUUUCCACCUUUGGGCCUCUGAUCGUCAACUCGUUUGGAUUCAGCCAGUUACACACCAUUCUAUUCAACAUGCCAUUCGGCGCUGUCCAGAUCUUUGCGACAGUGGGUUCCGGUUAUCUUGCCACUCGAACGAAGCGGAUAUUCCCGGUUCUAGUGGCAUUGACGCUCCCCUCUAUUGCUGGAGCUGCAGCAUUGCUUGUCCUCCCUCGAGAUGCUGCACACAGAGGCUCGCUGCUCGCUGCUUACUACAUUGUGUCGUUCUACACCGGAAUCUUGCCGUUGAUAUACACUUGGUCGUCGCAGAACACCGCUGGACAUACGAAGAAGACUGUGACGACUGGCAUCAUGUUCUGCGGACAGUCGGCUGGCAACAUUGUCGGACCAUUCUUGUACACCGUCAACCAGGCACCGUACUACCACAAGGGUCUCAAAUCAAGCUUGAUUUGCUUCUCGGCCCUCGCCGUCAUGUUCCUGUGUUGCGCAGCUUACCUCUCUUUCCUCAAUCGUCAACACGGCAAGCGCCGUGAGGCGAUGGGCAAAGCUCGGGUCCUGGUUGAUGCUUCGCGUGAAAAGACGUCCGAUGCCGCCGCUGCGCAGCAAGCUAAUGGGGCAACGUUUGCCACUAAUGCCUUUGACGACCUUACCGAUAAGGCCAACGAGGACUUUAUCUACGCCCUGUGAUCUAAUCAUGACAAUGCUUAUUUACGAUACAAGUAUGGAAUUCAUCCAUCUAUUAUCGAUGUAAAAUACGGUGUAACUUUGAGUGUAUUGGCAUGGAAUACCAGACGACACGACUGUCGCAACUUCCCCACGCUUCCCCAAGGGUCGCGUCUGCCCUGAUGGAGUCCACGGUCAAUACUGACCGUGUAUACCGUUAAUCUUAUGGAACUGCUGAGAACAUCAAUGUUCGGCGGAGGCUCAAGCACUGAGAUUUGCCGAUAGGGGCGCAUGAGCACUGAUUGGCCUUCAAUGUUCCUGUUCUUGCCCAGUCGGAGCCACGUGCAAAGCCUUGAGGUUGGCGCCACUAGGCGGCCGAUGAGCAAGCAGUGGUCGCGGGACCGACGAAAGUGAGGUAAGAAGAUGGGCGACGGCAGCGGAGGAGAUACAGGAGCAAGAAAAAAUCAACCGUGGACGCAGUGUUUCACGGUGCACAACCACGGUGGUGCCUGCCCCUUGAACGACCGUGGACAAGUCUUGAGGGCCGCAUGGCCCGCACCGGGUGAGCGUCAGCCCGGGAAUGGCCGCGGUGUGUCGAGUUCCCCGAAGGCGUCGUGACGUCGCGUCUCCCUCGGCUUCUCCUGCUAGAACCCGGACACAGCGCCGCAGACGCUCUCGGGGCCGCUGGCGACGCGUUGGAAUAGAGUACAAAGUGGCUUGCGCCGUCCAAGAAACUUGACGCGCUGACACCCUCAGGCCGUGUGGACAGAUGGGAGUGUGCGCCGGUUGUUCGCCGUUGGGUGCUCGGAUAUCUGAGUCCUAUCCCCGGACGUGUAGCCACGUUCUGCCAAUGAGGCGAGGUGGUGUGAGCGAAAUCGCAUCUCGCCAAUCCCCAAGCGUUGUCAACGCUUGCGCUGUGCGAGGUUGUCUAAAAAAUAUCGCGUAUACGCGCCUGGAGCAUGGCGACGAUGUCCGCCUCCAGCUUGACACAAGGUGUCCACCGUCGGUAAGUAAGUAUUAAGUUUCGCGGUGUCCAAGCAACUGAUCCGAAGGAGAACAAAGGUGUCAAGGGGCACAUCAAAAGUGCCACGUGCGGCGUGGGCCUCUGCCUUGCAUUCUUCCUUCCCUUGACGGGCCUUCGUUCGCACAACCUGCACACGUCUCUCCCCGCCCGGCGUCGCCAUCAGCCGCCCAUACCUGGUCGAUUUAAUUGCUGUCCUGUCCGGCUGUCCUGUCUGUCGUCAUCAGCGCGAACGACCACCGAUUCAAGCUCGAGCUAAUCCAUGCUUUGGACGUCCCGCAGGAAAUCGCAAUCUCGUUCCGACGUCAACUCCCCCGCAUCUGCAUCUCCGUCGAGCAACAACAACAACGCCAAUCCGCACGGUAACGACGACGACGAUAAGCACGACAAAGCAAAAUCGCCCACACUAAUCACCCACUACCACCGUCGAACUUCGCUUGGCAGCUCCCGUUUGCCGUUCGCACCUAUCGACCCAGCUGAAAACAGCCAUCCAUCUAUGGCGUCCCCAGCUACUCCUACAGCCAUGACCCAUAACGUUUACGCCCCGCGCCGAAUCAUUUCGCCGGAGGAGCAGAUGAGAGUACUGAGACAGUCACCAUCUCCACCUCCACCUCAGAUACACGCCGACAACGCCGACGAAUCAUAUGAGCAGAGAAGAAGAACAGGGCCGUCCUCGCCACGAGUCCUUGUUCCUCAGAGAGAUGUCUAUUUGAGUUCUAGCCACGUUUUGGCCGCCAAGCCAAAAAGGCUCCCUUCGCAUACGCGUGUAAUUAAUAGACGCUGAUAACCACACGUUUUCAGAUCGGACACCGCUGACGCGAACCUCAUCUAUACCAUCAACUCACUGGACUCGUUCACCUUCGGGGCGUCAUCGACCUCAUCAGCAUCGGGGUCAUUGCAUGUUCCCCCGCCGCUUUCGCCGUCGCGCAGCGUCGGCCCGCUGGAGGGAAUCACAGACGAUGAUGAUGAAGAGUAUGAAUACGGCCGCAACGCCGACCUUGAGACACCCAGGCAGAGUGUCGCCAGCGCCAACACUGUUACGAACCGGGAUCGUGACCCGCGCACAGCCGCAGCGUACUACUCACCCUCCCGCUCUGAUGCCGCGUCACACCAUACAUUUGGGACGUCGUCGUCUUCGUUCUCGAGUCCCAGCCGGAGCCGCACGACGAGCAGCACGACCCACACGUCGAUGGACGAGCUCGCAAGCCAUCACCCACAACGAGAUGUGGAGUUUGAUUCGGAGGAGGAAGAGUACAGCGAUGAAUACGAUGCUAUUGAGGUCUCGUCUGUGCGUGGGGACAGCGACGAAGGCGUGUUCGAUGCGCUGGAGCGGCAAAUGUACAUCGACCCCAUAACGGGCCGAAGACCGAGUCUGCCGAUGGCCAUCCCCGGGACUUCGCCCGACGAUCGGUCCUCGACCCGCCGGGAGAGAGAGGGUAGCUUGGCAACGCUGAGACGGCCCAGCCGGAGCUUGGAUGACCAGAACAGCGUGCACACCGUCCGGGUGGCCCCAGAGCCGAUUUCCGUGCCCGAAACGGGCGGUGAGUGGCGCACUGUCUCGGCGCGCGCUGCGGCCAAGAGCACGCCGUCGCCGACACCGCUAACAUUCGCUGCGUCUGGAUCGUCCGGUGUGCCGCCUGCGUCCCCUUCAGCGACGGGACGGAGGUCCUCAGCCGCGAGCGCAGCGUUCAGUCUCACUUCUGGUACGGGCGGCCCUGAAAGUUUCGGAUUCGACCUCGACUGGAACACGAUGGGCCGAGGGAUAACAGGCCUUGACCCCUCUGAUAUCGCGGUCCAUUCGUCGUCGCCGGCGGGACGCAGACCGAGUCAGCUGUCCGCUCUGAUGAUGCGCCGGCCGAGCACGAGUUCCGGGAGCAUCAUGCUCGACCCGGACUCGUUCGCUGCUGCCGUACGAGGAUGGGGCGGGGCUGAUUACGAGAAGCAGAGGAAAUACUGGACUUUCAGGAAGGAUGCGGCGGAUGGACGGGGUGGCAGCGUUCCGAAGAGUAGCAAGGGCCCGGCGCUGGCUCCCGUGAGGAGCAUCGCGAGUGGGAAAGUGGGUGGGGGCAAGAAUGCAGAUGACCGGUUUAAGCUGCCGCCAUGGAGAGGAAUGGGUAUGAAUUCCGAAGAGAUCUGGAACAGUUCAUUGGUUGGUGGAUUCAAAGUCCGAAGGAUCGAACUGCGGCCCCAAAAACCACAGCAGCGAGUGACGAUCGACCCGUUCCGUGGGCCGUUCAUUGUUGGGCCCAAACCGCCGCACGACGGCGCGUACACGAACAUCCACAAACACUCGAAAGUCGUGGCAUUCAGCAUCCACCGGCAUUAUCGGCCGUCUCGACACUCGGCUGCUACUUCGUUCAACACCCGAGGAAGCGUCUCGUCGUCGACCAUGUCGCGCACUGCCACCGCAGCGGAAGAGCGCAGCAAGCCGGCGACGGCAAUGGUGCUUCUUGCACCGAGGCACGUGCAGGAGGCAUAUACGAGCACGAACACCGUCAAGAAUCUGCGCUCCCAUGGCCUGUUGGAUGAGGAACGGAAAGACCGGAAGGAGCCGAGGCCGUCGAGGCCGCAGAGCUCGAGCAGCAGAAACCAGGUUGCGUCCUCGUCGGCCUCAACGUCGUCCAGGGACACUUCGGUCCCACCCGCUUCGUCUGCGUCUAGUAGUCACACAUACCCUCCCCGUCCGUCGGGCGACACGACCCGAGACCCCAAUGUGACAGCCACACCCAAUUUUGUUGGGGGCAACUCCCGGCGCCGACGGCGGGGGUCACAGUCCCAUGAUGAGGAAGAGGACGAGGAGGACCUGCAACGUCGCUCUCGGACGACGCACAACGAGGCAUUUUCGACGAUGGAUGCGACGUCGAUUGAUAUGAUUGUGAUGGCUCAGGAUGCUCGCGGCGAAGGGUCGAACGGCGUGCUUUCCCGGGUGCUGAAGCGCGGCCCUGCGCACCACCUGAGUCUGAGCCACCACCACCAGCAAGGAUCGUCUCCGCAGGUCUACCAGCCGCCCUGGAUGACGUUGCAGAGCAGGAACAAGCAGGAAGAACGCCGGCGGAGGCACGAUGUGCUGAGCAACUCGUUCGAGGAUGUUGGGUUGCUGCCACCCAAGAAGAGCUCUGGGAAUUCGAGAGGGGCGUCGAAGAAACACUCGAACCGGGGCACGGUGGACAUCUUCGCGCAGGUUCCAGCUGACUCGCUGUUCAUGCUUCUCCCGCUCUGGCCGGGCCCGACGGAUCCCGUUUCCGAACGCAACAGAUCGCGCGCGCCGCACGAGAUUGCGACUGAGCUCAGACAGUAUCUUCUGGUCGCGUACAACCCAACGGAUGAGCGACCGCCCGUCGAAACCGGCCGCAAGAAGGGGCCGAGUAGCUCGCACAGCAGCCCGACCAGCUCGGCCGACUCGUCCAACAAGCCCGGGUGCGACAUCUUGCUUACGUCGUUCCACAUUUCGGCGCGGCUCGUGUCGCACCAGGACCUGCAGGGCUCGAAUGUCCGCGUGCCUGACGAGGGAUUGGCUGUGAUGGGCCCGUGGCACGACGCGUGGCUGAGCAUGCCGGCCGUCCCGUCGCGCGACCACGGGCUGCUCGUCAUCGGCACCUGCGCCGGGCGCGACGCGGGUGUGCAGUUCGAUCCGGAGGGCCUGGUCAAGAUGGGGCUGUGCAUCCCGGUCCCGCCGGCGAUGGACGAGCCAGACGGCGAGCCUGUUGCGGAGUUGACGCCGAUUGGGAAGGCGGUGCUGGAAAUGGCGUGGAUCGGUGCGCUCGCUGUGACGAGCUUUGGGCCUGCUGCGAUGAGCUGAGUGUGUUUUUUGGAUACUUGGAACAACCCAUCAUCAUUCGUGUAUCUUAGUACAAAUCUGAUCAAUCAAUGU